CUUGUUUCUGUAAACCCCUUUUAACAGUGUUUAUCUAUUCUUACCUAAAAACCCAUCAGUCAUCAUUUCUCACCAUCACCACCGAUGGCCGCCAUACCUCUCCUCCGUCUAUCCCUCUCUCCACCACCGCGUCCCACCUUAUCCUACCAACCACUCCGACCCACUACCACCUUCUUACCUCACUUCCGACCAACCCCAAUUUCCCUAACUACCACCAAACCCCGUCGCCCCACCACCAUCAUCUCAUCCUCCAACACCACCACCCCAGUAACCGACCGACUAAUCUCCGCCGCAGCGUACUUUUUUCCCUUCUUCAACGGCCUUCAAUACGGCCGUUACCUCUUUGCCAAAUACCCCAACACUCUGGGCCUCCUUCUCGAACCACUGCUCCCAUUACUUUCAUUUUAUCGCUCUGUUCCGUACGCAAGUUACCUCGCUUUCCUCGUACUUUACAUUGGUGUUGUUCGAAACACAAAUGUUAGCCGUUACGCUCGGUUUAAUGCUAUGCAAGCUGUUGUUCUUGAUGUUUUGUUGGUUUUACCUAUGCUGGUUCAGCGGAUUUUGAACCCGGGUCCUCAUGGAAUCAGUGGAAAGAUUGUGAUGAUGAGUCAUAAUGUUAUUUUUGUGUUUGUGUUGAUUUGUUUUCUUUAUAGUUUUGGAUUGUCGGUUUUGGGACGGACUCCUAAGUUGCCGUUUGUCGGUGAUGCUGCUGGCAGACAGUUUUGAAGAUUGGUGUCUGGGCUGGAAAAUAAUAGACGCCAUGUUCAUCGGUGAAGUUGCCUUUUCUUGCUUAAAGUUUAUGAACAGAAAUUGGAUUAUGGUUGAUCAAGCUGUUGCGGUUUUUACAGGAGAAGGCUCAAGUAUAGGAGGGUCGGGUCUUGUUCAUACUGUUGGGCAAAGGUCUGUUAGUAAUGUUUAUGAUGCAAUGCGGACAUGUUUGUUCUAUAUACCUUAUCGAUUUGGAUUUUAAAUUAGGUAUUAGAUUUCUAGGACUUUUGUGUUCAUUUGUUCUACCCCUUGUGUUAUUGUCAUUGGGCACUUGCUUGAUGAGAAUCGGAUUAAGAUAGAUUGCCAUUCUAGAUAGAGAGGGUAUCAUGUUUCUAGUAUUAUUCGAGUAUUUUGAAAGUGCAAUGAUGGUAACUAAACUAUGUUGUGUAACCAAUUUUAACCUGGAUAAAUUGAUGACGUUUCUGUUA